AUGGACCCGGAACUCCCUGGCCUCACUACGGUCUCAGAUACUCCAGCCGAUGCCGUUGCGACUGAUGGUGGAGAUGUGGGAGCAGGUUUGACCGAGAUCAAGUUGGAAGAAAGCGGAGAAGCUGUAGAUGAAGAUAGUCAGGGGGAUGGCGAUGGCGACAGUGAGGAAGAUACCGACGGCGAUAGCGACGACGAUAUCGAUUCUGACGCUAUUUCCGGCUGCGAAGAGGAUCCCCAAGAUGUACAUGAAGAGGCGGAUCCUCUUGAAGGGAUACCAGCCAUCCCAACGAAUGUCGAUGAUAUACCAGAAAUUAUCGAGAAAUUUGGAUCUUCUGAAGAGGAGCUUUGGAAUGAAGCCAAUGAGAAAUUGGUUGGUAUGAUGAAUUUAGAGCCAGAACUCUUUUUGGAGCAUGUCAUUCCCAAAACCCCGUACUUUCUGGAUGUCGCGAAGAAGAUUAACGCAGACCAUCUACGUAGCAGCACCCUUGGCUUCCUCAGUUCUUUUCCGACGCUCUUCCCCAGCGCCAGGGCUCUCUUGAUAUCUAAUAUCAAUGACUUGGUUCCUUUCCUUUGUAAUUCCGACGCUAUGGAUCAGCAUUACACACUCAACAUUCUCGAGGACUUGGCUGAGGAAGAGCCUACUUCCAGGCCGUUGAUCUUGGAGUGUCUCCAGGCCAUUUUUACUCUGAGACCUGAUUACCAUGGAGUCACGUCUCACGAAAUGGACGAGGCCGCCAGUGCCAUUGCUGCCUUUGAAAGCACCCUACUUUGGGGAAGAGAAUAUAAAUCUCUUCGGCGCGCGAGCCAGAGUUGCAUGCAGCAGCUCUUCAACGCUGACAGUGAGCUUGACGACGAGUUUUCGAAAGUUGAGGGUACGAGCGACCUCAAGGGAAACAUUGUUCGCGCGUUCAUCCAGAGCCUGAAAGAUGAAGAUCCAGAGGUUGCGGGAGCCGCAGCGGAAUUUUUACAAGGGGAUGGAGGCGACCAGGCCAAACCUAUCUUUUUAAAAGACCCCACAGCGAUGAUCCCUUUGAUGCUGCUUCUUGCUAAAAAACCGCCCAAGCUUGUUGGAGUCAGUUGUGAAUGGGCUUUGAUGAAGUACACCGACGGUGAGACUGCAGACGCUGUGGUUAGCGCGUUCAGUAGCAUUUGGGAGGAUGGUGAUAUUUUGACUGAGACGAAGUUCAAAAUUAUCGUUGGACUGGCAGAUAGUUUUGUCGACCUGAGGUUGGCGGCUUUGAAAGGAGGCUUAUGCGAGUUCUUAAUUGGAUUGACUGGUGACGGGGAAAAGCAGAUUGAAGCUAUGACAGUCCUGGAUCGGCUGAUGGAGGAAGAGCAGAAAGUUGGUUUCUUUCUACUCAAGACAGACGCUAUCAAUCAAAUUUUAACCGUUCUCAAUGGACCAUCCUCUACAGGGACGAAGCUCGCCGGCUCUAUUCUCUCCCGACUCUUGGACUCGUAUAGCGCUGGCGAGGAAAGUUUUUCACUACGAAGCGUCGUCACAGCCGCGCUUGUCUCUUCCAACUCCUUGCCGCGCGUAAUGUCUGCAUUGUAUGCUGAUUACCCAACAACCGCCACCGCAGCUGCCAAGCUGCUAGCUGAGAUUUUGGCGGAGGAAUCUGGGACGGAGUCAUGGGAUUACGAGGAGGAAUCGGGCAACCCUCCUCCUCCCUGUCCUAACAAGGAUGCCAUCGUUACUCCUGACCUCGUCGAUCGCUCAAUCAGUCUUCUGACAAACCCUAUUUGCCCAGCUGGUGCGCUAAAUCUACUUUGCCAGUGUUGCUGGGGCUAUCCUCGAGGUCUGGAUCUUGUGCAACAAGGCUUUCAGCCUUACAUCUCUAAAGCGGACGUCUUCUUCUUCGCAUCCUUAUAUGGAGAAUACACAAGCAGGCAUGCAGGUCGUCAACGACGUCGAGUUGCUGAAGCUGCGGUCAGGGCAGGUGCUCUCCCUCGCGCCGUUGCAUUACUAGAAGCGGAGGCGGAAACGGUUGAAGCUCGACGAGUAGCGGUGGAAGGGUACCGUGUCUUGCUCGCAGCGGAUUCGGCUGAUAAGAACGUUGCAAUCAUGAGCGCGAGGCUGCCUGUUGUUCUUGCCGCACUGAUCGCAGAUGAGACUUCUGAAUCUCUCAUGGGUGUCAACUGGAUGCUUCGUCUGUUAUAUGAUGAAGAAAAUCCGACGACAUUUGUUGCUUGGACAGAACUUUCGACGCCUGAGACAGUUCAGCACUUCAUCAAUAUAUUGAACACGGUUUCUGAGCCCUUAGAUGGGCCUGUUGAAGAAGGUAUGACGGAGGAGGAAUUUGCGAGCGCUCAAGCUGAGUACGAGGAAGCCGUCGCAAAACGUGAAAAGGAAAACAACUUGAUGAUCGAUAUAUUGGUCGAGCUCUUGGAUAAACUUGUUCCACUUCUGGUUCCACAGGCAGGGAAGUUGCUAGGCCUCCUGCUCGUUCGCUCGACUACCUUGUCCGACAAUUCCACUCUCCUUCAACUUUUGAACAAACUGGCUGCGUCGGAAAUUGACAUGGCAUCCAAGGAAUCCCUUGUGGCAUCCGUUCGUCAGAUAUUGGAGCGCCCCCUUCCUCCCGGCCUGAAUAAUAUACCGUCUUGGAUCUGUAACGGUUCCACUUUGACUGAUGCUUUCUACGCAGGCGGCCUCGCUGGGAAGCUGCUGGAGAUUUUUAAUCCAAAAGAGGGCGAGGAAGAAAAUGAGAACGAAGCUGACAAGCGACAGGCUCUCUCUCUUCUUUCAACUCUUGCCGACAGGUUGGAGGACAAAAACAGCAUUGCAGGACUUCAAUCAGCUUUCUUCGCACACCCAAUAGCCUCCAAGACCACGUUAGAUAUCAUCAAGUAUAAGGAUGAGGACGGCAUCUGGGCUGCUUUCUCUGCGGCUUCAGAUCUCGCCCCUCUAGUGGAAGGUUAUCCCGAAGGCCUCGCGAUUCUCAAGGAAGAGGAUGCAUUCUCCGCUGCUCUCAAGCUUUUCGAUCAUCAAGAUGCCCCUGCUGACACUGUUAGCCGACUUGUUGGAAUCCUGUGCGAAGCCGAUCCUGCAAAACUCGCAGAAAUGGUGCGAUCGCAUUUCACUCAGUUGAGUGCACCACAGGAGACAGCGAAUGCUCCAAUGCCUGCGGGGAAGAAGAAGAAAAAGAAGAAGAAAUUCAGUCCUCGCAUUAGCGAGACCGAAGUCUGGGGACGCAUUCGAGCGCUUGUUAAAACGACGUCUCCUGCUCGACGGGCGUUGGUUUAUGGUGGGGCCGUCGAAGAUGCCAAACGUGUUCUCAACCAAACCUCUUCAGGCGAAGAUCUGCUAACAUAUGCAUUUGAGUUCGUCGAAGGCCUUGUGAAAGUGGACGAGGGAUAUGCUGAACUCGUCGCUGAUAUCUUGCCAAGAAUGGCAGAAUUGAUUUCCGGCGAAUCUGAACCUCUUUUGCCUAACUUGCAAAUUAUCAAAGCGUUCCUCCCCAAGCAUAUUGGCCUGUUGGUAGCGUCAGGCCUCCAUUUAUCCCUAGUGAAGGGCUUGUGCAGAUUCCCGACGUCCUUUGGGGACAUGGCAAUGCUUAUUGAUGCUGUCUAUGUCAUCGCAAGCUCGGAAGAGGGUCGUUUGGCGGUCUGUGAAGCGCUAAAGGUAUCCUUGGCUGAUGAGGAUGCUGAUGCACAGGAAGAGAUCUGGGGCAAUUCACAUGGCCUUCGUAGGCUCAUUCUUGAAGGAGAGGCGGGUGCAGUGGUUGUUCUCGAAGCUGGGGGUGUGGAAUAUGCGAUCAAGCUCUUGCAGUUUGAGAAUAUCAAGGUUUGUGGGUCUAGGUCCAACUUCGUUCUCGGUUUGUUCACUCGUCAUCAGCUCGCCGUUAAAGGUGGCGCUCUUAGCACCACACUGGCUCGAUCUGAGGCAAUUACAGCUAUACCCAUCCUCAUUGAGAAGGACGUGCUGUCGCUGGUUGAAGCUGGGAGAGCGAAGGCCGAGGCCUUCGCUCAGGAGACUUUCAUGACCGAGGAAGAAGACGAGCACGCCAUCCAAGAAGCGAAGAAUGUCUUCAAUGAGAGAGUUCGUCUUAUGGAGAGCUAUGUGCAGAAGUUUUCGUCGUUCUCCAAAAUACUUAGCAGGGAACAGGUUCCAGAUUUCGAGGAGGACUUAUUUAUUUGA